GGAGUGGGCUGAAGGGAGCUUCUGUGGCGGGACUGGCUGGCCAGCUUGGGCGAGGAGCCGGGAAGAGGAGGCAGUGGUGGCAGCAGCAUUUCGAGCACUAACAGCAGCAGCAGAAACAAUCACCAGCCACAAAGCGUCUCCUCCGGCUCAAGCAGCCACAGUCCCCUGUCUGUGAUGGCGCUGAAAAGCUCAGAAAGCGAGGAAGCCCAGGGGCCCAGGCGGGAGGCAGACCAGGAACAGCAGGAGCUGGUGGGUAACCCUCAGCCAGAGCCGGAGCCCUUGCCAGUGCCCCCAAUGGAGCCCAAGCCAGAGCCCCAGCCCCAAACAAAUCCUGCAGCCCUGCCGGAGCUAGAGCUUGAGCCUGAGCCAGUGCACGAAUCGGAGCCUACGCCCACCGUGGAGACCCGCCAUACAGCGCGCGGCUUCCAGCCCCCCGAAGGUGGUUUUGGCUGGAUGGUGGUCUUCGCUGCCACUUGGUGCAAUGGCUCUAUCUUUGGCAUCCAGAACUCCUUCGGGAUCCUCUACUCCAUGCUGCUGCAGGAGGAAAGAGAGAAGAAUCGCCAAGUGGAGUUCCAAGCAGCAUGGGUAGGAGCCCUCUCAAUGGGCAUGAUCUUCUUCUGUUCUCCCAUUGUGAGUAUAUUUACUGAUCGUUUGGGCUGCCGAAUCACAGCAACUGCAGGGGCUGCCGUCGCUUUCAUUGGCCUCCAUACCAGCUCUUUCACCAGCUCACUAAGCCUGCGUUACUUCACCUAUGGGAUUCUCUUUGGUUGUGGCUGUUCCUUCGCCUUUCAGCCAUCUCUCGUCAUCCUGGGCCACUACUUCCAACGUCGCCUGGGUCUGGCCAAUGGUGUAGUGUCUGCUGGGAGUAGCAUCUUCUCCAUAUCCUUCCCCCUUCUCAUCAAAAUGCUGGGGGCUAAGAUAAAGCUUGCCCAAACCUUCCAGGUGCUGAGUACCUUCAUGUUUAUUCUUACGCUGCUUUCCCUCACCUACCGGCCCCUCCUGCCCAGCUCUCAAGACACCCCAAGCAAGAGAGGUGUCCACACCCUGUGCCAAUGCUUUCUGGCUCAACUCAGGAAGUACUUCAACAUGCGAGUGUUCCGCCAACGUACCUACCGCAUCUGGGCCUUUGGGAUUGCUGCUGCUGCCCUUGGCUACUUCGUUCCCUAUGUACACCUGAUGAAGUAUGUGGAAGAGGAGUUCUUGGAAAUCAAGCAGACCUGGGUGCUCUUGGUGUGUAUUGGGGCUACCUCAGGCCUCGGGCGCCUUGUAUCAGGCCGUGUCAGUGACUCCAUUCCUGGACUUAAGAAGAUCUACUUGCAGGUCAUCUCCUUCCUGCUCUUGGGCCUGAUGUCCAUGAUGAUUCCCCUGUGCAGGGGCUUCGGAGGCCUCAUCGUUGUCUGCCUCUUCCUGGGCCUUUGCGAUGGCUUCUUCAUCACCAUCAUGGCCCCCAUUGCAUUUGAACUGGUGGGCCCAAUGCAGGCCUCGCAGGCCAUUGGCUACCUCCUGGGCAUGAUGGCCCUGCCAAUGAUUGCUGGGCCCCCCAUUGCAGGCCUCCUCCGAAACUGUUUUGGGGACUACCAUGUGGCCUUCUACUUUGCUGGUGUGCCCCCAAUAAUUGGAGCUGUAAUCCUCUUCUUUGUACCUCUGAUGCAUCAAAGGAUGUUCAAGGAAGAGCAAAGGGAUUCCAGCAAGGACAAGAUGUUGGCCCCUGACCCAGACCCCAGUGGGGAGCUGCUGCCGGGCUCCCCCACCCCUGAGGAACCAAUCUAAUGCCUCUUCCUUGUGAUUGUGUGCUCCUCUCCAACCCCUUUCCUUCACCCCACCCUGCUCAGCAUUUACAUUUUUGCCACCAGCACACUUGUUCCCAAAUCUGUGCACACGGCAUUUCAGCCACCUGACCACCCCUUUGGAGCUAAAGCUCCAAGUGUUCCAAACUCAUUAAUCAAAUUCUCUUCAUGAAUGCCUUUAAAUUUGCCAGGGUUCUUCUCUUUCAAUGAUCUAGGAAAGAUUGGUAUUAUCCCCUGACUUUUGGAACCUCUCCCUAUAUCUUCUAACACUUUGGGGAUGGGGAGCAUGGGACCUCUUGGCCCAAGCCUGUUAGUCAUCCACUAGAAGCAACUGUAAAAGGUGCUAUUGUAUCCCCAAGAGCCAAACCUCUGUGUGCUGAGGAGCUUCUUGCCAUCUGACCUUAGAAGGUGCUGAUGAAGGGGACUAGAGGAAGGGCAGCGAGUAAAAUGGAACAAUGAGCCUUAUUUAGCCUCAGAGUCUAUGACUUCCCAAGAACUGUGGGUGCUGUUAGUUUACAAGUAUGUCUCCCCAUCAUCUGGUUGGUUAACAGUCUGAUUCCUUCUUCCCUUUCUCCUUCUUUCCCCUAUACUUCCUCCUCAUUUUUCUUUCCUCUCUAUUUCUUUUUAUGACUGUCAUAGACACACAGGUGCUUAAAGAAAGGAGGGACUCAGAGCUUGAGCCAAUCAGCCUUAUCUUGGUCUAGCUCCUCCCUAAUAGUCAUACUCAUCACAGGCUGAGCCACAACUCACCUUUUGGGUCAAGCUGCUAUAAUCAUAGACUGGAAGAAUAUCACAUAUUAAUAGGGAAGGGGCCUUAAACAACAUCACUGAUUUUUAUAAAUUUCCCAGGCCAAUGCUUAACCUGCAGGCCCUCCCAAGCUCCCCAUCCUUGUAUCUGUCAAAAUGUGAAGCAAUCCCUUUCCUCUCAGCAGUCAGUGGAGGACUGAUGACAUGGAGAGGGCACAGUAUGGGGAGAGGCAACUCAACCUGCUGAAGUACCAACUCUUCUAUCAUUAUUCAUGACAGGUCUAUAUUUCCACCUGGGCUAGGCCAGGGAAGAGACUAUUUUAGGAAAAAUCCAAUUCCUAACCUGGACCCCCAAAAGGUAGAGGCAGCAGCUACACAAAGGGUUGGACAGUUUCCUUUAAUAAAUUAAAACCUUGCUAGCCUUUACCAACCAAUGUGUCCCUCAUGCUGUGCAUACUGGGCCACUUUGAUUAGUGGGCAUUAAAGUUGCUAGGAAAGGUUGACUCUGGACUACCUUCACCCCUCUAAAAUAGGUGCCAGAUGAUUCCCUAUACCCAGACUCUGGGCAACAAUUUUGCUGAGGAGCAUUCACAACUCACCUCAUUAGGAGCUCAACCUCUCUCCUCACUCAGCCUCUUUGCAUCCCUUUCUCCCUAUUCUGGGCCUUGGUCUGUUGUAUUCCUAUUACCUAAAUAUUUUCUCACCUUCCUGUGAGGCAUCUUUGACUGUCACUUGGAGCUAAUAGUAACUUACCACCUCAAGCCAGGGCCAGGAGGAUGAGAUUGCUGUUUGGGGACUCCAAAGAAAACAGUGACCCAUACCCAUGAGCUUUUACAUUACAAAUAGGCAGCUGGGGCAUUGUUGGUUUCUGAUGGCCUCAAUGAAGGCUGAAGUCUUGAUCCCCCUCCACUGGUCCCAGUUCAGCUCUUAUAAAUUACUCAAAGGAAAACACACUGGGUUCUUGGCUCUGUGGGUAGGAAGGGGCUUAAUUACUAUCCUAUCAGUUCAAACAGCAGUGGAACAGGAGGAGCCUUGUAAUUCCCAGGAGAGACCACUGAAAAUGUUGGAUCAACAAAGUCCCUGCUUCCAUUCCUCCUGCCCCUCCCAACACCAAAUCACUUGUGGGAAGUUCUACAGGGCCUCCUUUGUUGCACCUGGUGUGAGUAGCUCUUAAAAAUCUGGCUACCAUUCACUUCUCUCCAGAUGAAGGAAAGUCAUUUACAGGUCCAAAAUCUACCUUAUCAGGUGUCACAUAACAUGGUAGGGUGUCAAUUCUUACACACAUGUGCACGUGCAUGUGUGGCCUUGUGUGCUUAUGGAGAGAAUGUUGGUUGGUGAAAGCAGCAUAGUAUUAAUGCUUAGGGUAGGAUGAAUCCAUAGUCAAGUCUAGGAGAAUGGACAAAAUUUGGGAGCUUGAGACCUGGAACAUUAAAUCCUCAAAAGGUUUGGAACAAAAUAAACAACUAAAAAUCUAGCUUUGGUAUGUAAGUUGCCUACAAGGGUGAAAUUGUUUUAAGGUGGCUAACAGCAGGAAGUUUGGUUUCAGAACUGAAAUCUCAUUUCAAAUCAAAUUUAUGCCAGGGUCUAUACUCUCUGUGAGAUCCAUAGGGGUUUGAAGUAGGGUGGACUGUUCAGGAUUGGAUAUUUAAGGGAGCUCUGAAGUGGAAAAGUGGUUACUUCACAAAAUGAAAACAUGGUGAGUAGCUGAGUUGGAGUAGAGGGCCUGCCAAAGCCACCACCUUCUUAUAAAUAUGCAAUGUUGAAAAUUAGCAAAAACCUAGAAAUAAUCCAUUUCAAGACCCCUUUCUUCUCCCUUAUUACUGCUGAAGGGACUGGUAUACCUGGAUUACACAGCCAGGCAGCAACAGAGACAUUGACUGUGAAGCAGAGAAGACAUACAAUGUGACAAAGCUGGUAGUAAACUUCAAGUCUCCCAGGUCUAUUCUCUGCAUUAAAUAGAAGUGAGGACACUAAGGCCUGGAGAUAGGAAAGGACUACAGGUUCACAUAGUUCAUCAGUGACAGAGCAGGUUGAGACUUGAACUACGGUAAUUAACUUCCAGUCCAGACCAAACCCCUCAUUUUACAGAUGAGGAAAACUAACCCAAGGAGGGGAAACUGAGUUACCCAUUUCAUUCAACAACUGUGUAGUGGGACCAUUUCCAUAAGAGUGUCAGCAAGAACAGCUCUGAGCAAAAAUAAAAUCUGAUGAGCCAAGUCUGACUUUUAG